AGACAACAAGAAGUGACUCCUGUGCCGACCGGGAGAGGGACGGCUCCUGUCGAGCUGGACUACCAAAGAAAACUGGAUUAAAAGCUUGCAUUCGGACGGAAACCUGGUUUAUUUGAUACGUUGGUAACCCAUGGACAAAUUGGCCGUGGAUACAUGUUUAUCAAGUGUGUUUUGAGCCCAAUCCAAGGAUUUUAAAGUUUCCGCGAUCUCCUCUCUUGGAUCUUACAGUUUUUGCCAGUCUGUGAUGUGGUGACGCGGCUCGUCGACGGGAAGCUAAGCUAACGUUAGCUGGCAAAAGAAAAUACACCAGAGAAAAUGUGCUUUGGAUAUUUUCGUUUUCUUUUGACUUAGUCUUAAUUUUUUCAUUUGACCCUUGAAGUUGGAUUAUAAACACUUUAUAUGCGUUGCCUGGUAUUGUCUUGGACAGUAACAUUUCACUUUUUAGUUGCAGUCUAAUGAGCUAUCGUAACCGGCUAUAGUGCCUAGCUAGCUCUGGCCAUUUGAUUGCUAACGUUAUCUAGCUACAUCUGUUUCCACUUUUGUUCCUUGUAAGGAGUGUUGCCUAGCUGGCUAACGACACUUUUUUUUCUUGAACAAAGUAUACAAAUGUUAGGAUGAGUUAAUAAUUGUGUGUAUAGUAUAUGUGCAAAUACUAAUAAUCAGUUUGACUCACUUUUGUCCUGUGCAAUGCAGAAGUAACUACCGUUAGCGAAAUAGCUAGCUAGAGUUGGAGUAUUGCCCUCUGAUGUGGGUCUGGCAGUGCGGCCUUUGGAAUUAUCUUUUUUGUUCGCCGUCGUGGGCCUUUCAGUCUGGAUGGUUGUCAACAUUUCAAUGGAUUUAAUGUUUUGAAUGGCUUGGAUUAUUCAUACAAUUGUACCGUUGCAUUAGUUGGACGAACUGGCUAGAAAUUAAGUUGAAGAAAGCUCGGCAACAUAAAAAGAAAAGUGGACAUCACAAAGGAAUUUCGCCUACUUUGCAAAGAUGAUGUGCGAGGUGAUGCCCACCAUCAGCGAGUCGGAGGGGCCUUCGGGUGGCCGGCGAGGGUCUGGCUCGCCUCUGCAUUCGGACUCGGAGGGGCACUUUGAAUCUCUGAUGGUUUCCAUGCUGGAGGAACGCGACCGGCUACUGGACACGCUGAGGGAGACCCAGGAGAACCUAGGCCUGACCCAGGGCAAACUGCACGAGGUCAGCCACGAGAGGGACUCCCUGCAGAGGCAGCUUAACACCGCCCUGCCCCAGGAGUUUGCUGCGCUGACCAAGGAGGUGAAUGUGUGUCGGGAGCAUUUGAUGGAGAGGGAAGAGGAGAUUGCUGAGCUCAAGGCUGAGAGGAACAACACACGGCUUCUCCUGGAGCAUCUGGAGUGUCUGGUGUCUCGUCAUGAACGCAGUCUGAGGAUGACGGUGGUGAAGAGGCAGGCCCAGUCUCCUGCUGGGGUCUCCAGUGAGGUAGAGGUCCUCAAGGCACUCAAGUCCCUGUUUGAACACCACAAAGCCCUGGACGAGAAGGUCAGGGAGAGACUGCGUGUGGCUUUAGAAAGAUGCAGCCAGCUGGAAGAACAGCUCACAUCACAACACAAAGAGAUGUCCUAUCUGAGAGAGCAGAACGUCCAGAAGAGGUCGCUAGGCGACGGAAUGGAAGGGCUCAACCACAACUCUGAAAACACCCCAAGCACAAACGGCAAGAGGUCGUCAGACGGCUCUCUGAGCCAGGAGGAGGACCAGGGGAAGGUGGGAGAGCUGCAGGAGGUGGUGGCGAGACAGACGUCAGACCUGGGGCAGAUGAUGGAGCGCAUGGCGGCCAUGACGGGACGCAUCAGCGAGCUGGAGGAGGACCUGGACACGGCGCGCAAGGACCUCAUCAAGAGUGAAGACUUGAACACACGCCUGCAGAGAGACAUACGAGAGUCUAUGGCCCAGAAGGAGGACAUAGAGGAGCGUAUCGUCACCCUGGAGAAGAGGUACUUGGCAGCGCAGCGAGAGGCCACCUCCGUACACGACCUCAAUGACAAGCUGGAGAACGAAGUGGCCAACAAGGAGUCCCUGUUCCGACAGACAGAGGAGAGGAACAGGCAGCUGCAGGAGCGUUUAGAGCUGGCCGAGCAGAAGCUGCAGCAGACCAUCAGGAAGGCGGAGACUCUGCCCGAGGUGGAGGCGGAGCUAGCCCAGAGGGUGGCGGCCCUCACCAAGGCGGAGGAGCGUCAUGGCAACGUGGAGGAGAGGGUGAGGCAGAUGGAGACUCAGCUGGAGGAGAAGAACCAGGAACUGCUCAGGGCGCGCCAGAGGGAGAAGAUGAACGAGGAGCACAACAGGCGUCUGUCGGAGACGGUGGACAAGCUGCUGUCAGAGUCCAACGAGAGGCUACAGCUUCACCUCAAGGAGAGGAUGUCUGCCCUAGAGGACAAGGUGGGUGGGUUAGGUUACACCCUAGAGGACAAGGUGGAAACGGCCUUGAGUGCCCAGAGAUGGUGGAGCAUCAGUAAGAAGCUGGUGAGUGACAAACACAGCACAACCCAUGAGAAGGAGCAGCUAUUGCCCAGAUUGAGACGAUGCGGGCGGAGAACGAGCAAGCCAGAGGAAAGGAACCAGGAGCAACAUAUCACUGCCCUGCACCAUGGGCUAAAUAAUCAACUUUAUCAUGGGCUGUUCCUGGGACUCUGUCUGGACUCGGGCCCACGCCAGAUUGGCGGUCUCACCAAGCAGCACCCCAGAUCAGGUACCCGGCGUCGGCCUAUCAGCAUGAUGGACAGCCACUCAGGACCAAAUACGGCGCGCGCUGGUGCUGAGGCGGCCCCAGAAGGGGCGUCUCGCCGCGCUACGGACGAACCCCAAGCCCAGGUCCAGACUCUGAAUGAACAGGAGUGGGAGCGCGUGCAGCAGGCUAAUGUUCUGGCCAACGUUGCUCAGGCGUUUGAGUCUGACCUGGACAUGUCAGACCUGGAGGACGAUGAGCGCGAGACCAUCUUCAGCUCAGAGGACCCGCUGUCCCCUGCCGGCCAGGCCGACGCUCAGACCCUGGCCCUCAUGCUGCAGGAGCAGCUGGACGCCAUCAACAACGAGAUCAGGAUGAUUCAAGAGGAGAAGGAGAACACAGCCAUGCUGGCAGAGGAGAUCGAGAGCCGUGUGGGCAGUGGGGACAGCCUGGGGGGCAGCCGCUUCCGCUCCAUGAGCUCCAUCCCCCCCUCCUCCAUGGGGGGCUCGUCGCCCCCCGGCUCAGGCUCCUCCACCCCGCGACGCAUCCCCAACCGCAGCCCCAACCGAGAGGUGGACCGCAUGGGAGUCAUGACCCUGUCUGCCCAGGACGACAAGACCACAAUCCAGUGUGAGACGUCUCCUCCCACCACCCCGCGCUCCAUGCGCCUGCACAAGGGGGCCAGCCACACUGCCAGCCAUGAGGACAUCAGAGACAUCCGCAGUAUGACCACCCUACAGGACGGACAGGGUAGUAACCCCAGCAGCAGUAACAGCAGUCAGGACUCCCUGAACAAGGCAGCCAAGAAGAAGAGCAUCAAGUCCUCCAUCGGGCGCCUCUUCGGCAAGAAGGAGAAGGGUCGGCCAGGCCCCCCAGGGAGCAAGGAGUCCCCUGGCAGCCAAGCUGGUACCCCCGAGGCAGAGACUUCUCCCCAGGAUGCGCUGGGGCUGGGCAAACUAGGCGGACCCGCUGAGAAGAACAGGAAACUGCAGAAGAAGCAUGAGUUGCUGGAGGAGGCUCGCAGGCAGAGUCUUCCCUUCGCCCAGUGGGAUGGCCCUACUGUAGUGGUCUGGCUGGAGCUGUGGGUGGGUAUGCCAGCCUGGUACGUGGCGGCGUGUCGUGCCAAUGUGAAGAGCGGUGCCAUCAUGUCUGCCCUGUCGGACACAGAGAUCCAGAGGGAGAUUGGCAUCAGUAACCCCCUCCACCGCCUCAAACUGAGACUGGCCAUCCAGGAGAUCAUGUCUCUCACCUCCCCCUCUGCCCCCCCGACCUCCAGAACCACGCUGGCGUAUGGAGACAUGAACCAUGAGUGGAUUGGUAACGAGUGGCUGCCCAGCCUGGGUCUGCCCCAGUACCGGUCCUACUUUAUGGAGUCCCUGGUAGAUGCACGCAUGCUGGACCACCUCACUAAAAAGGACAUGAGGGGACAACUUAAAAUGGUGGACAGUUUCCACAGGAACAGUUUCCAGUGUGGGGUGAUGUGUCUGAGGAGACUGAACUACGACAGGAAGGAGCUGGAGAGAAGGCGUGACGAGACCCAGCUGGAGCUGCAAGACGUGCUGGUGUGGAGCAACGAGCGUGUGAUCAGCUGGGUACAGGCCAUGGGGCUGAAGGAGUACAGUAACAACCUGCUGGAGAGCGGCGUGCACGGAGCCCUGCUGGCCCUGGAUGAAACCUUCGACCACAACGCCCUGGCCCUGCUGCUGCAGAUACCCACCCAGAACACACAGGCGAGAGCAGCUCUGGAGAGUGAGUACAACAGUCUACUGGCCAUCGGUACAGAGAGGAGACUGGAUGAGGAGGAUGAUAACAACUUCCGGCGCGCCCCCUCCUGGAGGAAGAAGUUCCGGCCCAAAGACGCACGGGGGACGUCCCCGGGCUCAGCCGACACCCUGCCCGCCAACUUCAGACUGACCAAUAGCAACGCAGCGUCCCCCUCCAUGCAGCCAAAAAGGAGCCCCAUGGACGGGAGUCAGUCUGCAAUACAGAGGCUGGACACUGCCACAGUCAGGACAUACUCCUGCUAACACCACACAUUGAUCCUCAUUAUUUCUAUAGGUGACUGCUGGUUGGAGGAUGAGGGGUGUGAGUUUCCCCCCAUCAGGAGCAGCUGCUGACCCUGCAAGGACACUUCGCACAGAGUUUUAUUGUUAUCGCAGAGAUAAAAUAACUAGCAACCACGUCACCAAUCUCAGUACUAGAGGGCCCAUGUCCUAGAUGUAUCAAUCUUUAUUGUUCUAUUUAUGUUAGCAAGCUGGUGGGACAUUUCAAUGGUUUUAGGUUUGUUAUGUAUCUAUCUGUUACUUCAGCCCUCUCUCCCACCUAAAUGGAAAUAUCCCUCUUUUCUAAAACUGUUCCAACGGUGUCCUUAUCAAGGUUAACUCUCAGAUGUAACUGAAUGUUUUUACACGGUCUGGAGUUUGUAUAUUUAUAUCGACAGACAUUAUCUAAUCAUUUUAUAUAUAUAUAUAUAUAUAUAUAUAUAUAUUCCUGAUCUUGUAUUGACAAGAUGUAUGUUUUUAUUUCUCUGUCCUCUGUUGUUUUUAAUCAUUGAACUGAUGAUCAAGUGACUUUAAUAAGUGACUUUCUAACUGAAUUGGACCCCAUUUCCCUUCUCCCCCAGCCUCUUGUUAUCUUCAAGCGUAUCCAUGGUGAUUAUUUGUAAAUGCAGCUCUUUUAGGACAAUGAGGAUAUGUGAAUAUCAGAAAUAUUGCUGGAGUUCUGACUGACAUUGUUUCACAAACUGCUACAACGCUGUGGUCGCUAAGCACCGGGCGGACCGUAGCCACAAGGCCCUAGGUAACUGUGACGACAGGUGACACGUGAAACAACUCUCUUUCUCUUUGUUCUUUCCUGUGAAACCAAACCUGUAGAAAGACUGAAACAAAAGCCAUAAACAGUAGUGAAGACCAGGGCUUUUUUCAGAUGCAUCGCUUGGUAAGAGACCGUUCCACUGUGUAGGAUCUCCAAUUCUCCAGUCAACCUCGCAUGCCCAAACUCUCCAUUCCUCUUUCCCUCCUUCUCCUCAUCCCUCUCUUUUCCCUGCCUUCCCCUGGAGCGCGCUAACGUGAGCCAGACGCGUGUGAAGAUCAACUCGCGUGUACCUGAGCCGAAAGCGUGGCGGCUCUACUAUCGACGGACCAAGUCCACUGUGGCCUAAACUGAUCCCAGCGACUAGCUACUCACCCGAGGCGGAGCGAUCCACCCACAAACCAUUUAACCAACACUUUAUAAUACGGAGACUUCUAAUCAAGCCUGAUGGGGGUUCUUUAUACUACGGAGACUUCUAAUCAAGCCUGAUGGGGGUUUUUCUUACCUCCUUUCGCUGGCUGUCUUAUUUAUUCGUCACCCCCGUCGUGUUUGUUGCUUUCUCCGUUUGAUUUUUAGAAGUUGCCAUUUUUUAAAGCUGUUUCUGAGUGUUUUAACACAGGUUGCUGUGGCAAUACUUUUUCAAGACAGAUAAUGUCACGGAAGCGAAGACUUCCUUUCCACCCUACAUUAGUUGUGUUAUUCCCUUUGUGAUUUAGUCAUUUUAUAAUGCACAAUGCAAAUGCUGAUUAUUAUUUUAUUUUUUAUCUCCAGUUUUCCCUAUUUGUAUUCUCCUGCUCUGGUAACAAAAUGAUGUACAGUCUGAGUACUUAACUAUUUUAUCACAGUAUUAUUUAUGGAUUACUUUCAAUAAAAUACUGAAACUUAUUUUCCACUGCCAAUAAAAAGCUUAAGUCUU